AUGGAUCUCCGGCGACAGGCGCUUAGUUUGGCAGUGGCAGUAGGAUUGUUUAUGUCCUUGCAGCUUGCUAGCGGUUCUCCCUUUUUCGGAGUGUCUGUGCAAGGCGGUUUCCAAGCGGAAGCCGACGUAUCCGUGUCCGCUCGCGCUGUGGGGGUAGUGAUCCAAGCGUCCCAGCAAUCGAUGGUAACCUUUGCAUCAAAACUGCCCUUUAGUAACGCGGUACAAAACGCUGCUGCUGGUGCCAUACUUACGAUGUACAACCUCGUCUUGGCAAAUAUAGCAACACUCACCGAUCGUAUUAGCUGGGCGGCAAUCAACACGACCAACUUGCCCGCCGAAGUUUUUCUCUCAUUGGACACUGCUAACGGCAAAGCAGUAACAAUCUUGCAACAGGAAACUCCUGCUGCCAUUGCAUCUGUUACCGCUUAUUCGUCCACCAAUGGUGCACUGCUCGGAAAAUCUGUGGACAACAUGCUGCUCAUCUUGGCCGACAUUUCCAAAACCCUGUCCAGGUUUAGCCGAAGCAUCGCUACAUUCAGCCAACCGAUAACGGCCAAGGCAAUAUUUGAAAAACUGACAAAGUCCCAAAUCGCAACCUUGGUCGGCUUAUUGGAUGCACUUAAGCUCGAGUCUACGGUGUUCGUCGGAAAGCUCAAGGAAACGGCUACGAUAUUGACGGAAUCCGACACGCUCAUGUCUUCCUACAUUGGUUUGCUGUCCGAGACAUUUGCCAACGUCGACUCGAGCCUUUCAAAUCUGUUCACCCGGCUGAGUGGACUGUCGUCCGAUUUCUUGAGGGAUUUUCGUGCAUCAGACACUACCAUUUCCACCAGCGUGCUGUCGUUUAACACAAAGAUCAAAUCCUUUAAAGACGAUAUUAUUGCUCCUUCCGCCGAUACGAUCAUAGCGAUCACACGGGUAUUCAGCGAGAGAUACAGUGCAGGCUACACCAUUAUCAAGCCAAACGUCGAGGAAAGGUUGCAGCUGCUGGUCAACACUGCUAGCGACACGGUAUUGAACGCGGAGCAGAAUCUACUGUUUACCACAUAUCGUGUUCUGGACAGUGUAAUGCGACGCAUUCCUAGCGUUUCAUCAAAGGGAAAAUCUUGCGCAACCGAGUUUAUCAGCCCGUACGUACAGUAUCUAUCCUCCAACAUGGCUCCAUCGUUGAGCGGUUGCAUCUCUUCAACGACCGGCCAGGUGGAAGCAGUGCUCCGAGCGCAACUGCUUGCGAUCGACGCACUGGUAAAGGAUCGGCUGGCUUACAUCAAAAUGAGGAAUGAUGCCAUAAACGGAGUCACCGCUACUAGCGACGCCGUCACAAGAAAUAUCGCUGUGGUGAAGCUAACGGCGCAAACAUCCAAUCAACCACAGGACACACAGCAACCCGCACUUGCCAGCAUAUUUUCCAUGUACGCACAGUUGGUUUCGAAUCUCGAUGCUGUCCUUAAUCGAUCCAAACUAUGCGUGACAGUAAAAAGUGCAGAGCUGUCAGCGCAGUUGAUUACGGCGUCAGCAAACUUCAACACUUGUAUGGACAGUUGA